CGGCCUCGGGGACACUAUGGAGGAAGGAAAGGAAAUGUCAGUAGGCUGGUCAAGUGAUAUGACUGAAGAAAAACUGGAUGUUUGCAAGAACAGAGACUUUCCCCUUCUAACUGAUGAAAAAUUUGAUUUUGACCUUUCACUGUCUCCUGCAAGUGGAAAUGAAGAUGAAGUUUUUGUUGGACCUCUUGGACAUAAAGAAAAAUGUGUUGCUGUCAGUAUUGAAGCAACUAAAGAUGCUGAAGAAAAGAUCUCGCAAAUCCCUGAUGAUAAGCUUGUGUGGAGUCCUCUUACUGGAGAGAAAUUUGUAGAAAUUUUUAAAGAAGCUCACUUGUUAGCACUGCAGCUAGAAAGUGGCAACAAAAAUGAACAGAACAAAGUCACCCAAUCAGAAGGACCAAAACCCAAGGUUAUAGAAAAAUUUGUGCAAGCAUCCAAGUCAAAACUAAAAAUCUUUCAAAAAGGAAACAUAGAAAAAAGCCCCAGGGCUAUUAAAAGGGAGACAUACUGUGUGUGGGACAGCCCAAUUUGUCAACUGCCACCUUCCUUUCAGAAGCGUUUAGAUUUACCUGUGACUGCAGUUGACAAAACUCCUCCAAACACAUCUAGUCCAAUUAAAAUCCAUAAAUUUCCUAAAAUAUCUGUUUCACCUCUAGCCCGAGAACAGCAAAGUGAUGAAAAAAAUAAAAAGGCAAUAAGCAAAUUGCACACAAAGGCUUCAUCUGCUCUUGGAAAAAGCCAUCAACUGACAGUAGAAAAGCCAAAACCAGGGAAAAAACAUUUGAACAGCAUGGGGUCAUCUGAAGAUCUACUCUCUGACAAAUCCAGUGUUGCUUCAGAUGUAUGUGACUCGUCAUUCAGUGGGAGUUCAUCAUUACAAGACAAGCAAGUUCUUCCUUCUCAAAGCAAGUUUGGGUUAAGGAAGACACAGUUAAAACCUCCUAGUGCUGCUAAUGGUCCUCUAAGAAAGAACACCUCAUCUUCAUCGUCGUCAUCCAUUUCCAGCAUGAACUCCAGUUUGAAUUUAAGUUUGUCUGUCUCUCCCAAAGGGGGAAAUGCUAAAUCAAACGUCUCUUCAAAAAUUUCUGUGAGCAGCUCCAAACUCUCAUCUAGCACAAAAAGACUGGCUAUGGUUAGACCUAUCAGAAUGUCAUCUGUGCAGGCUGUCCAUUCUGAUGUGUCCUGCAAGCAAACAAGAUCCGUUAGUACUCCCAGAAUAUCUACUGCUGGGAAUUUAGCCAAGUCUUCAGCUUCUGUGACAGGAUCCCAAACUCUAGCCAGUGGAAUUCAGAGACUGAGCUCAGUUCCUAAUCUGCAGAAGAUAUCUCAGCAGAACAAAGAUGGAAGUGCAGCAAAAGAAAACACAUGCCCAAAAGACAAGGCUAAAGUUAUAAUCACACCUUCAAAUCAGAUUAAGGUCCCUAAGAGAUGUGGAGGUUCAUCACCAGAAAAUACAGCAUCAAAAAUAAUGGAGCCAAUCCGAUUAUUAUCUUGUGGCACAUUUGGAAGUGGUGUGGCUGUUUGCACUCCUGUCAGACCUUCCGAAGAUGGGGCCUCGCAGAACUCUUGUCUUAGUUCCAGGUCCAUUUUAAUUACUCCAGCCAGUAUAAAACGUUCUGCUCUGCCUACACCCGCCGGUCGUCGUAUCUCAGGAAUUCCAGCAAUGACUCCUAAAACUUUGCCAAGAUCUGUCUCCUCUCCACAUUUUAUGUCUGUUCGUCAAGUCUCCAGUGUGUCCGCCAGAAAGACUCUUGCAGCUGGUUCUAAACAGGCAAAGGACACCAAGACACAAGUGUCAUCAUUUGAAGAUGAUGACUUAUCUCCUCCACCUAUGAUACCUCUUACACUUGUCUUUUCACCAGAAAAGACUACUGAAAUAGCACAGAAUGAAAUACAAAAAGAGACUGAAAUACAAAAACAGCCAGCUGAAGGAGCACAAACUAAUGAGGUCUUGCUGGUAGAUAUUGGAAUAGAUAAAACUCCCAUUGCAGCUUUGGAAUGUGAAAGCAGACCUCUCAUUGACCUUUCUAAUACUCCAGAAGUGAAUAAAGUUAUUCCAUUAAAACCUAGUGUGGUAGGACAGCUAAUAGAUUUGAGUUCUCCUCUUAUCACCCUGAGUCCUGAAGUGAACAAAGAGAAUCUGGAUUCCCCUCUGCUGAAGUUCUAA